AUGUCUCCUCCCGGCUCCAUACACGCUACGAUGAACAUCGACAUGGAGCAGACCAGCUUCACUAGCAUGCUGGAGAGCACCCAAUUCGGCGGAGCGUUGCAAGUGCCACAGCAGUCACUGAUGCAUCCACCGGCUUUUGGGCUCCAAGACAUGCUGUUAAUGGGAGGAGCACCGCAAUUCAUGAAGCAACAGCAGGUACAAUCGCGGGUUGAAGCUUUAUCGCCAGCUUCUGUGCAGCGCUCAGCGGACCAACAACCAGUUCCGAACGUACUUCAGAACAUGAUGAGUCGCAGCAAAUGCUCCAAGCUGAUCCCAUCGAGUGUCGAAGCGUCAUUGUUGUCCCUUGUGGACGGGGAACUCCGCGUGUCUUUGAUUUCUAAUCUCCCAGUCUUUCUGAAGAUUCUGCCCCGGUGUAAGACGGAGCCGGAGCAGACACUGGCGCUUGUGGUACUUCGUGCUACUUCAACUGCAACAGAUACCAAGCUAUCCCGUGCCUGUGCUUGCGCUUUUGAGAAGGCUGGUGGCUUGCGUCUGGCACGGACUUGGGUCGACUCAGCUGUGACCUGGCAGCACGAUGACAUGCUCGUCCUCCUCUUAGAAGUGCUGCAGACCCUUCCAUUGCAAUUAAGUAGUAUUACGGAGGCUCGAAUCAAUGAGCCUAUCGUCAAGUUGCGCAAGAACGCUCGCGAAGAACGCGUGAAGCGCGCCGCUCAGGACCUCCUAAAGUUUUGGCGUGGCAAGUUCACAGAGAAAGAAAAGUCAUCGGCGUCAUCCCCGGUGGCUAAGGAAAAGGGACACGACGUCAAGCCACCCUCAUCAGCGACUUCUUAUGUAAAGCAAUCACCGUCGACAGCAGCUAAGUCUGGUGCUAGCAGUCUAUUGCUAGCAAAGCAAGCAAAGGCCUUGAAAAAGCGUACAAUUAAGCGAUUAGAACGGCUACCUUUUGGUGGCGGCAGCGCAGUGUCGAAGUCAAGCGACUUGAUUGGAAACCUAAUGCAGCGCAAGUCAGCAAAGGACGCUGCGGCUGCAGCUGAGGUGGAGAAAAAGGUGACUAAUAGUACCGACGAUAGUAGUAGUACCAAACCGGAUGAUGCGAAGAAGGAGCAACCGAGGAUGUCAAGCAGUACAAGCGAGGUCACCACCAACGUUGACGACGCGUUACCUAUGUCGCUCCCGACAAUCCAAAGCUUCAAGGCAGCUUCAUCCUGCGUUGACACGGCAAAAGAGAGCAAGUGUAUUCGCUGGGCAGACGAGAGUGGCGAAGAACUCGUUCAGGUUAAACUUAUUGAGUCAUGGCGCGACCUUGUGCCGUACGACCCACGCCACGAUGACCAGUCCUUUAAAGAUGCCAAGCUUCGUGAGCAUGCCAACGAGCGGCAUGCGCUACAUUCGCAACACCACCGAAUGCCUCCUGCCGUAUCAGCUUCUCAGUUGCGUGAAUGGACCACACCAGCGUUCAUGCGACUACCGGAAGCUGUGGCAGCACGUGUGGAGAGCAAGGCUGUCACUGACGAGAUGCACGUCCAAGACAGUCGUCGUCGCCAUGUGGACGAGUAUGAAGUGUUGAUGGGCGAGAUGCCUAUUCCAAGCCCAAAGGAGUGGGAACGUGGCAACGAGCCUCAACGUGGACCGCCUUUGGAGAUACCGUUAAGUGACGUGGUCGAGAGUGAGCCUACCAGCCAACCUCCAUCAGGGUCUGCGCUCACGAUGGCUCCGGUAUCCUCGUCCUCAUUACCCAACUUUUAUCAAGAACCAUAUCCAUCCGGAGGUUACAGCCAGGCACCGCCGAGUUAUGACCACUGUGGCGUAAGCGAUCGUAGUGAGUAUAAUGGCCAAGACCCUGAGGCGGACCGCAAGCUGCGAGAAGCUUUGGGUCCACUGCAAGGGAAUACGAUUUCGCUUCUGCUGGACAAUCCCGACGUGGUGCCGCAGGUAUACGAAGAGGCGCAGCGCAAUGGCAACCGUAUUCCAGAUGUUCGUGUAUUUGAAAUUGUGGAUCAGUAUCGUCGCGCACGCUAUCAAGCGCCGCCUAAUGUUGGUGGUCCGCCCUCCUCGUUCAGUCCUUACGGUGGUCAACAGCAGCAGCAGCAGCACUAUGGUAACAUGGGUCCUGGUGCUGGCUAUGGCCAUCCGUAUCAGCAGCCAUACCUGCCGCCUGGAGGGUCCUUCAUGCCUGGAAAGCGGAAAGCGAUUGCCAUGGGCGUUCCUCAGAAUGGAGGGAUGCUAGAUGCGUCGUCCCUGAAACGGCCAGCAAAGAAGAACCGUGGCACGCUUCCGUGCAGGUAUUUUGCCUCGCCGACAGGUUGUAAGCAUGGCGGCAACUGCCAUUAUGCGCAUGUGCAGUCGGUGCCGUCUAACGGCCCGGAGUACAUGUAUAAUAACCGCGGUCCCAUGAUGGGAGGCAGAGGUGGCGGCCAUAUGGAGCAGCGAUACGGCCCUGCUGGCAUACCGCUAGGAGCCCCCGGCCAUCACAUGCGAGGAGGACGGUAG